CGUCUCUGAUUCAGAGAUAUUGAAAGAUAAAACUAAACUACGAUUCGGAAAGCACUGACAGUAACUUCAACAGGCUGUUGUUCAUGUGAUAAAUUGAUGCCACACAGUUCACCAAAAAUGAGUGCGUGUUGUGUUUUGUAGUAGGCAACAUAAAGAAAGAGAUGUCUUUAACAAUACAGCAAAUUAUUCUGGAUGCCAAACGUCUAGCUAACCGAUUGAAGGAACAUGAUACAACAGCGGACGCUUUGCUGUCACAGGCACAGAACGUGUAUCAGAAAAUUGACACAAUGAAGCAGUACCAAGAGAAAGCGAAUGAACUGAAUGAAUCAGCACGUCAGCGGCCACAUGCUGUGCUUGUGGCAGGCAUCCAGCAGGAGAACAGGCAUUUACGUGAAUUACAGCAAGAAAACCGGGAACUAAGAGCUGCUCUGGAUGAACACCAAAAGGCACUGGAGCUUAUUAUGUCAAAAUACCGUCAACAUGUUACACGGCUGGUAGCGUCGUCUAAAAUUGAUCUUGCUGCAUUGGGCACACACAAAUAUUCUAAGAUCCCAUCACAUACGGAAACCUUGCAAGAUGCAGAACAAGAAAAGGUAAUUUGUGAACAGUCUAAUAAGAUUUGUGAAAUGGCUGCUGUUAUGAGGAAAUCAGCUGAAAUUGAUGAGCAAAAAGCACUUGAGGAAAGAGAAUUGGUGACCAGGUUGGCUACUGAAAAUAAGGGAUUAAGAGAACUACUUGAAAUUUCCUGCAAAAAUGGUACCCUCCGAAAUAGCCUACUUGGCAUAGAAUCUGAAGAUAAAGAAAUGCAAACGGAAAUGAACUGUGAAACUUCUUGACAGAAGUAAACAUCUGGAGGAAAAAGCACAAUGAAAGACAAACCAAGUGAUUUGUUUCUCUUUUUAAUGUGGCAGCAUGAGUCAUUAUAUAUUACAUCACUGAACUAAUGUGCAAUGAUUCUUGCCUCUGAUAAAGGAAUUGGUAAUGACUGAAUCUCACAUAAUGUUGAUGUGACUGUUAAAAAUUUCUUUUGUACUACAUUUUAUACAUUAUACACUUUCCAUUGUGGUAUUCUGCUGGGAAUAAACUGUGUUUCUCUGACUGUACAGCUGAAUGUUAAUGGCCAAAAUGCAGUGCCACAAUAACAACAUCAGUGCAGCUACAAAGAGUGUCUUUAUUCAUUGUUUCAUGUGGCGUGGCAUUGGUCAUUUCUGCAAGUGUGAUUUCUGAAAGCUAUGUUUUCAAUUCAGCAUUUUGUCUGUUGGGUAAUGUGAAUUUCAAAGAAUAAAGUAACUAGUCAGUUGUAA